AUGUCACAUCCUAGCUCUGAAACCGUCGAACUCGCAACCCUGCCUUCAUUAAAAGUCUUGCCCUUCAGAACAACGUUUGUUCGUCAAUCACCGAGACCUGCUAGUAUGCCACUUACGCAAUCUAUCACGCUUAAUGAUGGGAAUAACAUCCCAGUUAUAGCCAAAGGAAAAGAAUGUGCACAAGCUGUAACAUGGGCCCUCCAAGCUGGAUACCGUCAUAUCGAUACAGCACAGAUAUAUGGCAACGAGGAACAAGUCGCAGCAGGAAUCCUCGCAUCAGGCGUCCCGCGCUCCGAAAUCUACAUCACAACCAAAGUAUACUGGAACUCUAGCUCUGUAACACAGCAAGACACGAUUCAGAAAUGUGAAGAGAGUUUACGGAAAUUGAAGACUGAUUAUGUCGACUUGUAUUUGAUACAUGCUCCUCAACCUGGGACACGAAAAGAAACAUGGCUAGCCCUCGAAUCGCUCAAGAAAGCCGGCAAGGCCAAGUCCAUCGGCAUAUCAAAUUAUGGGGUCCAUCAUAUCAAGGAGAUGGACGAGUACGCUACGAUUGUACCUGCGGUAAACCAGUUCGAAGUACAUCCAUUCUUGGCGCAGGACGAUGUCGUGGCUGAAUGUAAAGCACGAGGAAUCGCUGUUGAAGCAUGGGGCAGUGUUACGCGGGGACGGGAUCUUGAGGAUCCGAGGUUGGUGGCUAUUGCGGGCAAGUAUGGGAAGACGUCUGCGCAGAUUCUGUUACGUUGGGCUGUUGAUCAAGGAUACAUUAUAAUCCCCAAAUCCGUACACAAGAAUCGAAUUAUUGAGAAUCAGGAUGUGUUUGAUUUCAAGCUUGAUGAGGGGGAUUUGAAGGAGAUGGCGACUUUCAAUGUGAAUUCUGCGACGGGGUGGGUACCGCAAGCGUGGGAAUAA